AUGGAGGCAACGGUCGUGAGCGUUGGCAAGGCCGUGCUGGAUGGAGUUCUUGGCUGCGCGCAAUCCACCGUUGUGGAGGAGAUGAGGCAGCAGCUCGGCAUCGAGCGCGACGUGGGCUUUAUCACCGACGAGCUGGAGAUGAUGCAGUCCUUCCUGACGGCAGCUGAUGAGGAGCAAGACCCGAAGAAGGUGCCCACCACCUUGGUCAAGCAGGUCCGGGAUCUGGCCUACAAUGUCGAGGACAGCCUCAUGGAUUUCAAGGUUUAUUCAGAGGUGCAAAAGUCUUCUUGGUGUUGCUUCGCCCGCAACCUGCAUGACCGCCAUCGCAUCGCCAUGGAGUUGAAGGAGCUCAGGGACAAGGUAGAGGAAGUGAGCAGAAGGAAUCAUUGGUACCACAUUAUCAGCGACGACUCCAAGCAUGGGGCUGAACAGGGCAGGAUGUGGGGCAUUGACAAGGCUUGGCAUGAGACCGUGGAGGAUGUAAAAUCACCAGUGGACCUUGCUCAGCUGAUCAACAGCGUGGAGAUGGAACUUAGGGUGAUCGCGGUGUGGGGGUCAAGUGGUGAACUCGGUAAGACAACCGAGGUCAGGAAGGCCUAUGAUGACCCGAAGGUAAAAGCCAAGUUUGAAUUUCGUGCUUGGGUAAGACUGAUGCGCCCUUUCAAUCCAUAUGAAUUCAUCGAGAGCCUUGUGAGGCAGUUUUAUGUUAAUUCUUAUCAAAAGACUAGUAAGGCUCAAGAAGGAACAACUGUUGGAGCAAACAUUUUGCUGACGAUGGAGAACAUAACACAAAGUGAUUUGGUCCAUGUGUUGAAUGAACUAGUGAAUACCAAGAGCUACCUGAUAGUGAUCAAUGACCUCUCAACGAUAGAGGAGUGGGAUUUCAUCAGAACUUACUUUCCUGACAAGAAGAUGAGAAGCAGAAUUGUCGUCAACACUCAAGAAUUUGAAGUUGCAUGCCUAUGCACGGAGCAGCCAUACCAAAUGUCAGAACUAAAGCAAUUGUCGCCAGAUCAAACUCUCUACCUGAUCCACAAGAAGAUACAGAUGUGGUAUUCAGUGAUGCCCACUACCUUAACAAUUGAAAAGAAGCUUGGUCGGUCUCUGUCCAAGACGAGGUCAGUAACCCCUGAAGACAUUGUUGUCGGGCGAUCGACAGAGAAACAAAAGCUUAAUCAUUUACUUGGUCAGCCAGAUGACGACAGUCAGGGCUGCAAGGUGAUCUCUGUUUGGGGAAUGGGUGGUAUUGGGAAAACUACUCUUGUCAGAAGCGUCUACCAAAGCCAACAACUUGGUGGCUGGAAGCGUGCUUGGGCAACUGCAUCGCGCUUUUUCAACAGUGAUGCACUCCUUUGGAAUCUAGCCUUGCAGCUUCAGACAAAUAUUGAAGAACAAGACUCAACUAGAGCUGACUCAGUGAAACUGAAGAAGGAUAUUAGAGAAAUGGGACACCAAGAGAUGACUAGUGAAUUAUCUAGACUUCUUGGGACUCAAAACUGCCUCAUUGUUCUUGAUGACCUAUCAACCACCGAAGAAUGGGACUCCAUUAAAAGUAUAUUGCUGAAAUCUAAAAGGGUGAUAGUCACCACAAGGGAAAAAUCUGUUGCGGAACAUUGUUCUGAGGACGAACACAAUAUCUACAAUCUUGUUGGCAUAGAAGAUGACGCUGCACUUGACCUCUUAAAAACAAAGGUAUUUAGCGAUGCUACAAGUUUUGAGUUGCAUCCUCGUAUGCUGGAUCAAGCUAAACUUAUCCUGAAGAAAUGUAAAGGGCUGCCCCUUGGAAUAUCAACCAUAGGAGGUUAUCUGAAAUUUAAGCCUAAAACUGCAAUGGAAUGGAGGAAGCUGCAUGAUUCCUUAGACAAAGAGCUGCAGACAAAUCCAGCAGAUCCCAAUGAGCUAAUAAGCACAGUCAUUACACGGAGCUAUGAUGGUCUGCCAUAUCCUCUCAAGGCUGGUUUCUUAUAUAUGUCCAUUUUCCCAGAACAACAUAUAAUCCAGCGUAAACGUCUAGUGAGGAGGUGGAUCGCAGAGGAUUACGCAAGAGAGACGGAACACAUGAAAGCUGAGCAAGUUGGAUACAAACAUUUUGAUGAACUCGUCGAUAGGAGUAUGAUCCUACCCAUGGAAGGAGGAAGAGGAAGGAGUGGUAAGAUUGAUUAUUGCCAGCUCCAUGACCUCAUCCGCGAAAUCUGUGUGUCCAAGGCAAGGGCAGAAAACCUUGUUUUGACACUAGAGGAAGGCUGCAACCUGCGCAACACUCGAUCAAGGCCUCAAGGGGCAAUACGGCAUCUUGCCAUAAGCAGCAGCUGGAAGAGAGACAAGGAUGUAAUCCAGACCACACUGGACCUUUCGCAUGUGCGAUCCCUGACUGUGUUUGGAGAAUGGAGAUCAUUCUUGAUAUCCAACAAGAUGAGGUUCCUCCGGGUGUUGGAUCUUGAGCACACAACAGGACUAAGGGACCAUCACCUUGACAAGAUCGGGGAGCUGAUCCAUGUAAGACUGCCGGAUUCAGUGGGAAAUCUGAGGCAGCUUCAGACGCUGGAUGUCAGGGGUACACGUGUACAGACGCUGCCAACUUGUGUCACCAAGCUUCAGAAACUAGAAUACCUCUACGCAUCUGGUUUCUUAAGGAGAAGACAAGAAGAGUACAAGCCACGAGACGGUGCACUUGACGGGCAUGCCAUUGCCAUGGGUGGCAUUGAAGAUGCCAGCAAGCUCCGCGGUGUCCAAGUCCCCAGAGGAAUCUCCAAACUGAAGGCCCUGCACACGCUGCGUGUUGUCAACGUCACGCAGGGAAAGGCUACGACGUUCCAGGAGCUCAGAGAGCUUACUCAGCUGCGUAAGCUUGGAGUGACCGGUGUCGGCAAGAAAAACUCUGAGAAGUUCUGGCUGGCAAUUGGCACUGGCAGACAUUAUGGGCUCCGGUCUCUGUCAGUGUAUAACCCAUCCGUGGACGACGAGUUAGAUGGUUGUUUGGGUGGAGACCUGUUGCCGCCAAAGCGCCUGGAGAGCCUCAAAAUGCAUGGCAAGCUGGUCAAGGCAGCUGGAUGGAUCCAUCGGCUCCAGAAUCUAUCCAAGCUGCAGCUAGAGAAGGCGGAGCUGAACCAAGAUGCCUUAGAAGCCAUCGGGAUGCUACCGAAUCUCGCAGUCCUGCGCCUCAGGGACAACUCGUUCGUGGGGAAGCUGCUUCGUUUUCAAGGCUCGUCUUUUCCGAGCAUCUUGGUGCUGGAGCUUGAUCUGCUGAUAGAGUCGGUGCGGUUUGAGCAUGAGGCCAUGCCCAAGCUGGAGGUGAUACAAGCCUACAGGUGCAAGCAGGUGAAGGAAUUCUCGGGGCUACCAUUUCUCACAAGCCUCGUGGAGAUUCGCCUCGACGGUGACGUCUACCGAAGAGUGCAGGGGCAACUCGCAGAGCUUCGAAACGGUGUGGUCUUGAGGCUAUUGUAA